AACAAAGAAUAAAAAAGUAACAAAAGCAAGAAACAAUCAAUAAAAACCCGUUUUUUUCAAAACGACUUAAAAAAAAAUCAAAAUGGCAAAUAAUGAAAAUAAUUCAUUUACGAAAAGAAUGCUAAAGCCAAACACGAAUACGGCUGAAGAGGGUAAAAAGAGUGGUGUGGGUGGUGCAGUUGGCGGCGCAGGUAUCGGUGUUGGAAUUGAUUGGAUAAAAAAAUCAAUCGCGAACUCAAAUGCGUGCAGCGAGAAAGCCGGUUGUCACAAAGGCUAUUGUUGGGCAUGGUGCGGUGUCAGUCUCACAGGUGGAGAAUGGUGCUACACGACUCGAUCAUAUUCACAAAGUUUCCAAUAUGUCACAUGUAACCAAGAUUCUGACUGUGAUAAAUGCUGGAAAUGCGCUGGAUCGUGCACACUUUAAAUGUGGACGCCGAA